AUGAAUUUUUAUACGAUUUAUCAAUACCCUCACUGUUAUAGUGGACUACCUGUAUACAACACACAACAACCUGCCCAUUAUACUCAACCUCAAUAUAUGAAUCAAAUUUUUUCCGAUUAUCCUCUUUAUGGGCCUCAGGUUCAGCUGAUCUAUGAUCCUCCGUACCAAGUGGUAUUAAGAGCUAACGCAUCAAUGUUCGUUUCAUAUCAAAGUUCAUUAAGGUUCGAAGCACCAGAAUUCGUUCCCCAAGCUGUUAAUGUCCAUCCGCAACAAUAUCCUCAUCAUCAAAGUACAUUUCUAAUUGACGCACCAGAUUUCAUCCCCAAAACUGCUAAUAGACGUCCAUCUUUUGUACCACAAACGCAAAGAGAGCUUAGGGUAGAGACUCCAGAAUUUAUUCCUAAAUCUCCUCGUAAUAAGGUUUUUGAUAGAAAAAUAGCCAUCACACGUCAAUCACAGGUUUCAAGAAAGCUCGAUGCCCCUAAUGAUUUGAAAGAAUCUCAACGGACAGAGGUGCGGAAAGACUUCGUUAAUGCAAACGAAGACGACGGUGACGAUGAAGAGCGUGAGGAAGUUAGGGAAGAGCGUCGUAAAGUACCAAGAGAGCUUUCCGCUUUAAGGAAGGAAGUUCUAAAAAAUCACCGAAACAAAACCAAAUUGAGACAGCGGAAGAAGAAACGAAUUGAAGCAAAUCCAAAUCUUCCUGCACUAGCAGACGCAACGAAAGCUCCGUGUGAAAUAUUCAUGGAAAUCUGUAUUUACUUAUCACCAUCAGAUCUGUACUCACUAACUCGAGUCUGCAAGAUAUGGAGAAACUGGUUAGUUGCUCCAAAUAAUACGCGAACUCAAAAAAUAUGGAGUGAUUCGAGAAAGUACUUCAUAAACCGUGUAAAAAAUCCUCCGAUUGGCGUAGACGAGUUCAAAUGGUACAUCCAAAGGUGGAGGAAAGUUCCGGAUUGGAUAAUGGAUUGUUAUUUCUGCUUUAAUAAGAAAGCUAAAAAGUCGUGCAAAUUUAAAAGGACAUUGGUCAAAGCCUGUAAACAUUGUCACGACUUUUAUAGUCGUCGAGCAAGGAAGAAAUAUCCUAAUAUCUAUAAUAGUUUAAAUAGUUUAAAACCAGUAAAACCCAUCGCAAAGCCUCGUCGUCGUAGAAGAAAAUGCUGGUGGUAA